AUUAACACUGGAAGUCUAAAAUGUUGUCCGUACAGUGUAUUCCAUUUCAUUUUCUUUUCUCCAUUUAUUUCCUCCCAAAUCCUCCGACUUUGAUACUUUUUCUUCGAGGCCAACCCUAUGAAGACAAAGAUCCUAGCAAGUUCUCUUUCCUACUGCAUUUUUUUGAGGGAGGCGCAAGGCGAGCUUGGGUUAGGGCUCGAGCCCGAGCUCCUGGCUCUGGUUUCCAACAGGGAAAUGGCAUGCAGAUGAGACGGAGGACAAAGAUGAACAGAAACGAUUUGGAGCAACCACCUGAAGACGAUGCAACGGCGAAUCUGGUGUCAAAAUCCAGAAAUUUCAGGUUCAAAGGUGAAAAGAUUUUUGAGCUUCUUGGCAAAUUUGUGGAAAAGAUUGGUCUGCAAAAUGUGGUACGAGUGAUCACUGACAAUGCUUCAAACAUGAAGUUAGCAGGAAAGUUGUUGAUGAGAAAAUAUCCAAAUUUGCUUUGGACGCCAUGUGUUGCUCAUUUUGAUGGUGAGACCAAGUCUCCAAUGGGUUAUAUUUAUGAGGCGAUGGACAGAGCAAAGGAGAGCAUAGCAAAGAGCUUUGGAGGAAAUCAGAGGGCACAUUGGGAUUUAAUGUUGCCAAACGACAAAGAAAUACCAAACCAGCAGGUGCACAUCAAGAAGAGAAAUAGAUUGGACCAAGCUAGGUUGAAUGACUUGGUAUUUGUCAACAAGAAGACGGUUUGCCUUGAAAGCAACUCAAAUUUGCAGCUUAGGUUCAAAUCAAAGAUUAGGGAUUUGAAGGGUUUGAAGAUCAGUUCCGCCACCGUCAUAGUUUCCGCUGCAGAAUACGGUCUAUCAGUUUUUCAGCCGUGUAUGGAAACAAUGGCAGAUGAAAAGAUAAAGAUUGAAAAGUUUGAUGGAAGUGAUUUUGGGUUUUGGAAGAUGCAAAUCGAGGAUGUUCUUUAUCAGAAAGACUUAUACCAAACGUUAUCGGGAGAAAAUCCAGAAAAGAUGAGUGAUGCAGAUUGGGCAAUUUUGGACAAGAAAGCUUUGGGAGUGGUUAGGUUGUCAUUGGCGAAGAGUGUUGCUUUCAACAUAGUCAAUGAAACGACUACGCAUGGGUUAAUGAAAGCUUUGUCGAAUAUGUACGAGAAACCCUCAGCAUUGAACAAGGUGUUUUUGAUCAGACAGUUGGUUAACACCAGAAUGAGGGAGGGUGCUUCCGUUACCAUUCACAUCAACCAGUUUAAUUCGGUCAUAACUCGGUUAGGAUCAGUUGGAAUUAAGUUUGAUGAUGAACUUCAAGCGUUGCUGCUUUUAUCUUCUUUGCCUGACAGUUGGUGUGGAACAGUGACUGCAGUUAGUAGUGCAUCUGGUACUACUAAGUUUACUUUUGAAGGAAUUCGGGACUUGAUUCUAGGUGAAGACAUCAGACGCAGAAGUUCAGGGGAUUCUUCGAGUGCACUGUUGAGUACUGAAGGCAGAGGAAGAAGGAAUGAAAGAGGAAGCAACCGUGGUAGAGGCAAGAUUGGAGCCACUUGGACUUUGAAAAACGUCAGAGUCAUUCCAAGCUUGAAGAGGAUGCUUAUCUCAGUUGGGCAGUUGGAUGAUUCGGGUCUUGAUGUUAAAUUUGGUGGUGGACAGUGGAAGGUGGUCAAAGGAAAUCUUGUUGUUGCUCGUGGCAAGAAAAGAGGCUCGUUAUAUAUGGUCGAGAUACCUCCAGAAGGAGCAAGUCCAAUUUUUGUAAAAGAAAAGGUCCGGUUCAAAGAAUCUCAUGUGCUAAAGAGGGUUACCUUUGCAAAGGAGAAACUCAGAGAAAGAGUACAGAUUCAAGAUGAACUAGCUCGGAAGGUUCAACCAGUCAGGGAAUUUUGUGACAGUGGGAGCACAGGUCGUGCUUCAGUCCCAAUCCGACAGUGGGUUAGGAAAACUAGUAUUCCGGCGUUGAAUGUUUCUCCUGUUAACAAUUUGCUUGGUUUGGAGAAUGUAGGUUCUCAGUUUGUCUUAGAAGCUAGGAGAGUGAUAGAUGUGUCACACUUGGAGCUAGCAGAGAAAGAGAACGAGUCACUGGUUGUGACUGAUGAGUUGAAGCUCAUCUUCCAGCUGCCUGAAAAUUGUCAAUGCCGCAUUAUUGAGGUGAACUCAAUUGGUUGCAAGACUUUAUUGAGCGUUAGGUUGGCUAUGAUAAGGCAUUUGGGUCUCUUUUUGUGAAGAAGAGAUGAUUGAUCUUAUAUGAAAAACAGUUCUUGGAAGCUCCUCAGGAAUGGAGAGAGAGAGAGCUUCAAAGAAAUCUGUAAUCUGAAC